UAUUGAAGAAGAAAGAAACAAGGUUCAGGAGAACAGAGAACGAAGCACCUCAAUUUGCUUCACAGCACAACACAACACUUCACUGUUCUUUCUGAUUACUCUCUUCAAUGCGAUCUUCGCUGUGUGGAAUGGUCGACUGCGAGCCUUAACAAACCCCUUCGAUUUACCAUCGCGAUUUUCGAGAUCUGCCACCAAUGGACAAGUCCAGCGCCUUGGAGUACAUCAACCAGAUGUUCCCAAACGAGGCAUCUCUGUCUGGUGUGGAGCCGCUGAUGCAGAAAAUUCAGAGCGAGAUUCGCACUGUAGAUGCCGGAAUUCUAGCUGCUGUUCGCCAACAGAGUAAUUCAGGAACUAAGGCAAAAGAAGAUCUUGCUGCUGCUACACGUGCUGUGGAGGAACUUAUGUAUAAGAUCCGAGAAAUAAAAACAAAAGCUGUACAGAGUGAAACGAUGGUUCAAGAAAUAUGUCGCGACAUUAAGAAAUUAGAUUUUGCAAAGAAGCAUAUAACUACAACAAUUACUGCACUUCAUCGUCUUACAAUGCUUGUCUCUGCUGUUGAACAGCUUCAAGUAAUGGCUUCAAAACGUCAAUAUAAGGAAGCUGCUGCACAGCUGGAGGCAGUGAACCAGUUAUGCAGUCACUUUGAGGCUUAUAGGGAUAUUCCAAAGAUCAUAGAACUAAGGGAGAAGUUUAAGAAUAUCAAGCAAAUACUCAAGUCACAUGUGUUUUCUGAUUUUUCUAGCUUAGGUACCGGAAAGGAGACAGAAGAAACUAAUUUGCUCCAGCAGUUGUCUGAUGCUUGCUUGGUUGUUGAUGCAUUAGAACCUUCUGUUAGGGAAGAGUUGGUAAAUAAUUUCUGCAAUAGGGAGCUUACUUCAUAUGAACAAAUUUUUGAAGGAGCUGAGCUCGCAAAAUUGGAUAAAACUGAACGAAGAUAUGCUUGGAUUAAGCGCCGAAUGAGGUCAAAUGAAGAGAUUUGGAAAAUUUUUCCAUCUUCAUGGCAUGUUUUAUAUCGUCUAUGUAUCCUAUUUUGUAAGAAGACAAGGAAACAACUUGAGGAUAUUCUUUCUAAUCUAAAGGAAAAGCCAGAUGUGGGGACCCUGUUGUUGGCUUUACAGCGAACUUUAGAGUUUGAAGAUGAACUGGCUGAGAAAUUUGGAGGAGGCACUCAAAACAGGGAGGUUGGGAAUGAGAUUGAGGAAAUAGGUAGGGGAGCAAAUUCUGGCAGUAAUGCUUCAGAUAUCCGGAGGAAAUAUGAGAAAAAGCUUGCUGCUCAUCAAGGAAGUAACAAUGGGGAAAACAAUGGAAGUAAAGAUUUGGCGGUACCUGGAGCUGGGUUCAAUUUUCGUGGAAUUAUUUCAUCUUGCUUUGAACCUCACUUAAGAGUAUAUGUAGAAUUGGAAGAGAAAACACUAAUGGAAAAUUUAGAGAAACUCGUUCAGGAGGAGACAUGGGAUAUUGAGGAGGGAGGUCAGAAUAGCGUUUUAUCCAGCAGCAUGCAGUUGUUUCUCAUAAUCAAGAGGAGUUUGAAGAGAUGCAGUGCUUUAACAAAGAACCAGACACUAUUUAAUUUGUUCAAGGUUUUCCAAAGAAUUCUUAAAGCAUAUGCUACAAAGCUCUUUGUAAGACUCCCAAAGGGUGGUACUGGAAUUGUUGCUGCUGCCACAGGCAUGGAUGGACAGAUAAAGACAUCUGAUAGGGAUGAAAGGGUGAUUUGUUACAUUGUUAAUUCAGCCGAAUAUUGCCAUAAAACGGCCGGUGAACUUGCUGAGAGCGUUUCCAAGAUAAUAGAUCAUCAGUAUGCAGAUGGGGUAGAUAUGUCAGAAGUGCAGGAUGAUUUUUCAGCUGUUAUAACAAAGUCAUUAGUGACCUUGGUGCAUGGCCUGGAAACCAAGUUUGACAUUGAAAUGGCUGCAAUGACACGUGUACCAUGGGGUACUCUUGAGAGUGUUGGUGAUCAGUCAGAAUAUGUUAAUGCCAUAAAUCUGAUUCUUACCACUAGCAUUCCUACUCUUGGAAGUCUUCUUUCUCCUGUCUACUUUCAGUUCUUUUUGGACAAGCUUGCAUCAUCUCUUGGUCCGCGCUUCUAUUCUAACAUUUUCAAAUGCAAGCAAAUAUCAGAAACGGGCGCUCAACAGAUGCUACUGGAUACACAAGCUGUUAAGACAAUCCUUCUUGAAAUUCCUUCCCUUGGUAGACAGACUUCAGGUGCUGCUGGCUAUUCCAAGUUUGUAAGCCGCGAGAUGAGCAAAGCUGAGGCACUGUUGAAGGUUAUACUGUCUCCAGUUGAUUCCGUGGCAGAUACAUACCGAGCAUUACUACCUGAGGGUACACCGAUGGAAUUUCAGCGAAUACUGGACCUUAAGGGUCUUAAAAAAGCGGAUCAACAAAGUAUUCUUGAUGACUUCAAUAAACAUGGCCCUGGAAUUAAGCAAACACAGAUUACACCUACAGUUGUCCCAGCUUCCCCAGUGGCUCCGGUGGUGCCUAAUCCUUCUGCUGCUGGACUCAUGGCAUCUCGGGAGGAUGUACUAACUAGGGCUGCCGCACUUGGACGAGGAGCAGCCACCACGGGGUUCAAGCGAUUCCUGGCUCUAACUGAAGCCGCCAAAGACAGGAAGGAUGGGCCUUUCCGGAAGCUUUUUAAUCCAUAACGAAGAGUGGUAUUGAACAAAAGUUUUUGUCAAAAGCUUUUGGUAUUUCGUUGUUCUAGGAAAAAAUGUGUAUCUUUUUGUUGUAGGUUUAUUUUACUCUGAUUCUUUUUGUAAUUUUAUGAUCAUGUUUAUCUUUAUUUCACUUUAUCAACUGGAGUAGUUUAUUAAAAUCAUGUCUAAGAAUAUUUAUUCCAGAUAUGAUCAUAUACCACAAACAUAUUCAAAA